AUGGGAAAGUUUUGGAACAUAGUAGGACUGCUCAUUGUGUUCAUUGCAAUGUACAUUGCAUACACAUCGAGAGAUACCUUCGAUCCAGAAAGCAUACGUGGGAAGCGAGUAAUUGUGACUGGUGCAAGUACCGGUAUUGGAGAAAAGGUCGCCUACCAAUAUGCAAAGCUGGGAGCCAAUAUACUAGUCACUGCUCGGAGAGAGAACCGACUCAAGCAGGUAGUAAAGAAAUGUUUAGACUUGGGUGCUCAAUCCGCACAUUACAUUUCUCUAGACAUGCAAGUCAUUGACGAGACUGGUGAAUUGAUAACUGAAGCUGAGAAGACACUCGGUGGAUUAGAUUAUCUCGUUUUAAACCACGCCCUCUACAACGUGGAAUUAUGGGAUGGCGAUAUCGAGGGACUUCAGGCACUAAUGAAUAUCAACUUUUUUUCUUAUGCGAAUCUAGCAACCAAAGCACUACCCAUGCUGUCAAAGUCUAAUGGUAGCAUCGCUGUGGUCUCAUCAUUUGCAGGUUUGGUCACUAUACCAUCUAUGACUACCUAUUCUGCCUCCAAACACGCAUUGAAUGGGUUCUUUGAAGGAUUUAGGCUUGAACUCAAUUAUAAGAACAUCAAUGUAUCUAUAACACUGCUUUUACUUGGGGUUGUAACCACUGAUCAUGCAAUUGAAUUGAUACAAGAUCGUGAAAUGUUUGCAAAAUACGGCGAUCCAGAUGAGGCUGCCACUUGCAUAAUGAAGGCUACGAGUUCCAAACAGACAUGGGCUUACUACCCUUGGGUUGCAGCCAGAAUACCUGAAAUAAUACACACUAUUUCACGUGAUCUAUGUGAUGUCAUGAUGAGAUUGAAAAAUUGA